AAAUAUCUUCACCACUGUCGCAGAGCCAACACUAGCAGGUGUGUCUGAGAACGAGAGUCAGUGUGAGAGCUGCUGAACUGGGAGUGAGACGAUGAUGAUGACCAAAGCUUUACUGUCACUUGCUUCUGCUUCUUCGCCAUUUUUAGGUAAUCUUCUUCAUCUUCCUUCUUUUUCCCCUCUUUCCUCUUUUAUUAUUUCUCCUCUUUCUUUUCCUUUUCAUUCUCGAUUUUACUCUUAUCGUCCCAAACAAUCCAAGUAUAUUGAUGUUGAUUUUGAUUUUGAUUUUGAUUUUGAUUUUGAUUUUGAUGACCCCAAAUUGUUUUUCAAUUAUGUUAGACAACAAUCCAAAUUAGGGUUUACCAAUGUUGAACUUCUCCUUUCUCUUUUUGAUCAUAUGAUAUUGAUGCGCCCUCUUCCUGGUAUUAUCGAUUUCAAUACGCUUUUUUCAUCCAUUUGUAAGAUUAAACCCAACCCCCCUUUCUCUACCGUCGUUUCUCUAUACAGGCAGCUACAUUUCUUAGGUGUUCGUCCAAAUCUUUAUUCCCUUACCAUCCUUGCUAAUUGCUACUGUCGUUUGAACUUUGUUGAUUUUGGGUUCUCUGUUCUCGCCAACAUUAUUAAACUUGGUUUUCACCCUAGUAUUGUCACCUUUAAUACCCUCAUUAACGGCUUCGUUCAUACUCAUCAGUUGGACAAAGCUGUUCCUUUAUUGGAUAAAAUUCUCAAGCUUGGCUACCAACCCACAUUAGUCACCUAUGGUUCUAUCUUCAAAGGUCUCUGUAGGUCCGGCGAUAAUGCCGGUGCUCUCAAACUCCUCAGAAAUAUGGAGUCUUGUGGCCAUUUUAUGCCUGAUGUUGUCAUUUAUAGCACCAUCAUUGAUAGUCUCUGUAAAGACCAGUUAUUACCUGAGGCUCUCCAUCUUUUCAAGGAGAUGAAAGUCAAGGGAAUUACCCCUGAUGUUGUCACCUAUACUACCUUAAUUCGAGGUAUGUGCACUUUGGGGCAACAGAAAGAGGCCCAAGAAAUGCUGACUGAGAUGUUGAGGAACAACAUAACUCCUGACAUUGAGACCUACAGCAUGUUGAUUGAUAUGUAUUGUAAAGAUGGCAAGGUUGGUGAAGCACGACACAUAUUUGAAUACAUGACUAAGAGAGGUUUGGUUCCCAAUAUCAUCACUUACAGUGCUCUGUUAGACGGAUAUUGUUUACGCGGUGAGAUGGACGAGGCAGAAAACCUUAUGGAUUUGAUGGUUGAAAAUGGUUGUAAACCUAAUGUAAUUACUUACAGCAGCUUAAUCAAUGGCUAUUGCAAAUCUAAAAACAUUGACAAAGCUCUUGGUCUGAUCCAAGAGAUGCAUUUUAACGGAUUAACCCCUGAUGUUAUCACGUACAACACCCUUAUAGAUGCUUUGUGCAAGGAUAAUCAGCUCAAGCUUGCACACCAGUUUUUCAAGGAAAUGGAAGCUCAUGGACUAAAGCCAGAUGUAAUAACUUGGAACUCAUUACUUGAUGGCAUGUGUAAGAACGGACAAUUUGACGAGGCAAUAGCAACAAUGAAGCAAAUGGAGAAUACUGGGGUGGUCCCUAAUACUGUUACAUACAAUAUUCUAAUGGAUGGUUUGUGUGAUGCUAAGCGCCUUAGAGAAGCGGUUGACAUCUUCUCCUUUCUCACAAAUAAAGGGCUGCAUGAUGUGUGUGCUUACAACAUAAUGAUAAAAGGGUUUUGUAAAGAGGGGUUGCUAGCAAAAGCCGAUGAAUAUUUUAAAAAUAUGGAAGACAAUGGUUUCUUUCCAAAGGAACGCACUUUCAAUACAAUCAUUAGAGGAUUUAUAGAUGGAAAGGAUGUUAGGAGAGCUUUAGAGCUUAUCAGCUUAAUGAGAAACAAAGAGUUUGCUGCUGAUAAUCACACUAUAUCGUCAUUUGUAGGCCUACUCACUGAUCCAAAUAUCGAUGAUGCAGACAAGGAAUUGCUAAAAAAGUUUUUGGAAAACUGAGCAAGCAAUAAUCAGAAAAAAAAAAUGGAAGGAGCAAUGACUAAAGCAUAUAUAUUAUCAGCUGUGACAGAGAUGUGUACACAGAUAUUGUGAGUGACUUGUAAAUCAGUAAGUCAUAUAUUUAAUGUGCUUUUGAUUAAUUGUAGGAAAAAGCAUUAACAUCUGUGAUUUCGAACAUUUGAUUUUACUUCUUUCUUGUAUGGUGCUCAUGGAUGCAGAUAUUGUAUUUUGUAUCCAUUUGCGUGUUUUUAUUGUAGUGAAAUUGAUAUGAAGUCUUGAGUGUUACCUGUAAGUUCUUGAAAACUUAUAAGGGCUUUUGAAGCUAGCAUGAAUGUGUAACUUAGCAAAUGACAUAGUGUAAACUGCUAAGGGAAACAUGACAGCAAAAAUUGUGAAAUCUUUUGGUCUAUCAUCUACUGAAAACUACUAUCCACAAAUGUAUUAAUUUAGCUAGUCAGGACUCAGGAAUACAUUGCUUAAGUUCAUAACUCUUUUAGUCUAAAAUUACAAUCAUUCUAUCCCGACUGCACGCACUGCCUACAAAUCGUCAAACAAUAAUCAAAGACAGGCCUCGGUUAAACUUAAACAAGCCAACAGAUGCAAUAUCAGUACUGCAGGGAUCUCCUAGUCUGUUUUACCAGCAGCCAGGCUCAGCUUUGAGCUUAGAAGUACUAAUUCAGCAACAAAAGCCUUAUAUAACAACAUUCGCUACAAAGCAUCUGGACUCUCUUCUGAUUAAGUGUAAUUUUAUCUAGUCCCUGCCUCCCUGGUAUGUAUGAAAUAGCUGCAAAUCAGAACUUGUGUUGGAAAAGGAAAAGUUAACAAAAUUAUUUGAUUAUUUUCUUACUGUGAUUACCGGCA